GUUUUGGAAUGGUUGACGUCACCGCGGCCGGGCUCUGGGCGUUGGACUCGCGCUGGAUCUUCAUCACUCAAAGGUUUCCUCCGCGGUGGGGAUUUAAUUCUGCACCGAGCCGAAGGGGUCAGGGUUCUGAGUGGGUUCCGAGCUCACUGACUCGCGCUGCAGCUUUUAACCCGUUUAUGUGUUUCUCCAGUGGAGAGGGGUUUUAGAGUGUAGAGCGCGCGCGGAGCGGGGAGUCUCUUUGUGUGUGUGUGCGCGCGCGCUUCGGGUUCUUUGUUGGAGAGACAGAGGGAGAUAAAGAUAAAGAUGGGAGCGCAGGCAUCUAAAGCGGAGAACCAGGGAGAGGCCGAAGCGGCGGUCGGGUCUCCAUCCAAAGCCAACGGACAGGAGAACGGCCAUGUGAAGGUGAACGGAGACGCAGCGGAGGUGAAGGAGGAGGCGCAGGUGAACGGGAGCGCUGCAGCCGAGGGAGAGCAGGAGGAAAAGAAAGAGGAGGAGGGCGGAGACAAGGCUGAGGCCACGCCCACCGAGAAAGAGGGAGAAGACGGAGAGAAAGAGAAAGUCAAAGCGGAUGAAUCUGUGGCUGUUGCGGCUGCUGAAGAUGAAAAACCUUCCACUAGUGAGGAGACCCCAAAAAAGAAGAAGAAACGCUUUUCCUUCAAAAAGUCCUUCAAGCUGAGUGGCUUCUCCUUCAAGAAAAACAAGAAGGAGACAGGAGACGGAGGAGAACAGGAGGAGAAGAAAACAGAGGCAGAGGAGGAGGAGAAGAAAACAGAGGCAGUGGAGGAGGAGAAGAAAACAGAGGCAGAGAAAGAGGAGAAGAAAACAGAGGGAGAAGCGGAGAAGAAAACAGAGGGAGAAGCAGAGAAGAAAACAGAGGGAGAAGAGGAGGUGAAGAAGGAAGAGGAAGGAGGUGAAGCAGCAGCUGCUGAGGAGCCCAAGGUUGAGGAGGAGAAAAAAGAAACGGAGGUGGAGAAAAAAGAGGAGGAGAAGAUCGAGGUUAAAGAAGAGGAGAAAGUGGAGGAACCAAAGGCAGUAGAGGCAGAGAAAAAAGAGGAGAAAUUGGAGGCGGGGAAUGUGACAGCCGAGAAGGAAGAGAAGCCAGAGGAAGAGCCUGCUGCUUCACCUGAGCAGCAGGAGGUGCUGAGCAAAGACGACGCCCAGGAAGUGACUUCAGCUGAGCAGGAAACGGCACCCACUGAGUCUGAAGCUGGAGCAGCAGAGUAACACACACGCGUGUACACACACACACUCACACACACACACUCACUCACUCACACUCACUCACUCACACACACACACACACACACACACUCACUCACACACUCACUCACACUCACACACUCACUCACACACUCACACACACACACACACACACACACACUCACUCACUCACACACACUCACUCACUCACACUCACUCACACACACACACACUCACUCACUCACUCACACACACACACUCACACACACACACACACACACACUCACACACACACACACACUCACACACACAC